CUCUACCAACAUAUGAACUGCUAUCGGCAUUAAGGACUGCACUGUGCCGAAAGUCCGCGAGCUCCGCUUGCACGGCAUGCUGCAAAAGGCCUAGGACACGAAUGAUUGUUGCUUGCAUGCAUACCACGCCGCGGACAACGCACACCUGUCCUCGGAGCCACGCCAGCAGGCCGCACCACACCCGGAGCCACCUCGCCUCCACGUCAACCCGCGGGGGGCCCCGCCAGCGCACCCACCGCAACCCCUCCUCCCCUGCUGCGGCCAUGGAGGCCACACCCACCGCCGAAGGCGCAGGCAUUGCCGCCGCCGUCCGCAGCGGCCUCGGCAACUCAGCUACACUUGCCGCAACAGCCGCCACCGCAGCCUCCGCCAUGCCGCCGCCACCACACACGCCAUUGGUGGGCUGCGAGGCCGGCUCUUUCGCCGAGGCCACCAUCACCACCCGGCUGCCCGCCAUCCUCGCCUCCAUGAUUGCUGACGUGGAGUCCGAGGCGGCGGCGGCAGCGGCGGCGGCAGGUCACGGGCCGGAGGCGACGGCGGCGCAGGUGGCGGCGGGGCUGUCGGAGCUGAGGGCGCUGCGUGACGCCAUGCUGAACAACGCGCCCCUGCCGCCGCUGGUGGCGGCCGCGUCGGCGCCGGCAAUGACCCAGGUGUUGCUGGACGCCGCGAACGCCUGCGUGGAACUGGCCACGGCGCGGCAGGCGGAGGCCUCGGCUGCUGCUGCUGCUGCUGCUGCUGCUGCUGUUGCCGGCAGUAGCGGCUGUAGCGGGCGCCAGGCCGAGAUGAUGCUGCAGCCCACCUGGCUGGGGCUGCCCUGGCUGCUGGUGGAGUGCUACAUGUACGGGGCCAUACAUGCGGCCAUGACGCGGCAGCCAGCGCUAGCGGGGCUGGACCCAUUCCACAAGCAAAAGGUGGCUGGAUGGCGCAAGUCGGCGGCGGCGGCGGCGGACCUGGCGGCCGAGACCGAGGCGCUGCUGCAGGCGCUGCACACGGCCGCCGCACACGGCGGGGCCGACGGCGACGGCGACGGCGACGGCGACGCGGGGCGGCAGGCGGCGGCCAAGGCGGCGUGUCUGGCGGCCCUGCAGAUGGCGCUGUGGGGCAACAAGGCGGACCUGUCACUGCUGGUCAACGCGGCGGGCCUGGACGCCGCGGCGCUAGGGCUGGGGUCCUCAGCCACCUCAAGCACCUCGGAGACCUCGGGUAUCUCGGGGGCCGCAGCAGCUCAGCAGCAACAGCACGGCCACGGCCAGGGCCAGGGCCGCGGCCAGGGUCCGGAGCUGGUGCCUGCCUCACACGUGAUCGUGGACCACAGUGAGGCGGUGUGGGGCGCGAUGCGGCGCCUGCGGAGCCGCCGGCUGCAGCGGCCGCACAGCGGCAGCAGCAGCAGCAGCCCAGUUUGUGUGGACGUGGUAUUGGACAACAGCGGGCUGGAGCUGUUCGCCGACCUGUGCCUGGCCGACCUGCUGCUGGAGGCGGGUGUGGCUGACCGGGUGGUGCUGCACGGCAAGCAGAUCUCCUGGUUCGUGAGCGACACGCUGCGGCCCGACCUGGACUGGCUGCUGGCGCACUGCGCCGCCGAGCAGGCGCCGGACCCAGACAAGGUGUCCGCGGCGGCAUGGGAGCCGGUGCGGCGGCUGGCGGCCCGGUGGCGGGCGCACCUGGCGGCGGGGCGCUGGAGCUGGGCGGCGCACCCGUUCUGGACCACCCCCGUGCCGUACUGCUGGAUGCCGUACGUGGCGCCUGAUCUGUACGGGCAGUUGGCGGCGUCGGACCUUGUCGUACUCAAGGGUGAUCUCAACUACCGCAAGCUCACGCACGACUGCAGGUGGCCACACGACACCCCGUUCGAGGAGUCGUUGCAGGGCUUCAAGCCGGCGCCCCUGGUGGCGCUGCGCACGUGCAAGGCGGACGUAGUGGCGGGACUGGCGCCCGGGCAGAGCCAGGCGCUCACGGCAGCUGACGCCGAUUGGCUGGUUGAUGGCAAGUGGGGCAUGGUCCAGGCUGCAUGGUUGUAGCUCCUAAAUGCUUGUAGUUGGAGGUCUGGUGCAUGCCCAGGUGCAAGCUGGUGGUCUGGGGGAGCAGCUCGGGAGGGGGCCGUGUUACGUCACACACGUGCGUGUGCGUAGUGCUGUCCCACAACCCAACGAGGGCCCACACCCAGGCGCAAAGGUCGUCCCGCGCUACCCCACGCUCGUUACAUGCGAAGCUGCGUCAUGCCGAGUGUCCAGGUGGACAACGUUAAGCUGAGUGUCGUUGAAUAACGACGGAUGGCGUGCAAGGAUGCCCUGCGUGGCCACUGUCACAGACAUUCUAUGGCUGCUUUGCAUACCUGUAAGACACCAACUAC